ACCGCACCCGUACUCCUGCCCCCCGCCCUGGAUCGGCCUCCCUCUCUCCCGUCGCUGUCGCCGCUCGCGGUCAAGCUCCCGCAACUCCUCCACCCUAGUACCACUCCAGGCCAUGGUCACUUUCCUUGGCCGCGGGAGCAAGAACGGCGGAGGGUCACCGGACGAAGACCUCCCUGACGCAUCUGCUCAACAACUCAAUGACCACACACUACCCAGCGGUACACCGAGCACGUCAUAUGUCCCUCAUGCAACCGACAAUCGCCCACCAACAGGCAACUCUCCGCAUUUCUUCUCCAUACCACACUGGACCAAGCGUAUCUUUGCUUCAACCUCGUCCGCACGCAGGAGCCUUGCAGGCCUACCGGCUGACGAGUUCGGUGCCUUGGAUGGGGAGCCGCUAAGGACACCGAGGGCGGAUAAGGACCUACCGCCAACUCCAGUUAAUGUUUCGCCUUCCAUGUCUCCAGAACCUCCUACCAUUACCCUGAACUCGUCUGCUGUUCUUGAACAUCCUCGAGCAUCGCAAGACAGAUCUCCUCGUCCAUCCAGCUCGUUUGAUAAGACAGCGGUUAACUCCGUUCAGUUCUGCUCACAGGAUUCUUCAGAUAUGUCUUCACCUUCUCCACAGCACAGGAAGAACGUGCAGUCUAUGAAGUCCGUCAAGUUUGGCCGUAACAGCGACGUCCAGCCUAAUCCAAACUCUCCAGACGCCUCGCCCCGCAGUCGUGUCAAGAGUGAAUCACGAAAGUCAUCUUUCUGGUCGCGAAAACAAACAACAGCCGUGCCGGAUUUACCUGAUCGCGUGAAUAACAUACCUGCGUCUCCUUCCCUUCCUGCAAUGCAGCCCGUGACUCCCUUCAGCCUUGAGCACUCAACGUCAAGUACGUCCUCGUACGCACAAACUUUGCAACCACCACCACUGCAGCGCCGUCAUUCUGAGAAACUUCCGCGAGUCAAACAGCCGCCUCCGUCUCCAGAGAAACUUCCUGCCCCCGCCCCUACCUCUUCAGUAGGUGUCUCCACGUCCUCUCCUUCCCGUCGCCCUUCCACCGCACGUGCAUCCUCUAAGCGUGCAGGUUCCCGCCUGUUUUCCCGACCGGGCACUGCUGAUCCAGCAGUAGGAGGACAUUCUUCACUUUCCGCUGAGUUCCCGACGCCAACUAACUCAAGAUUACGUCCUGACACGGCAGGCUCGUCUGGUCUCCGCGAACCCAAUUUUCCCCGCCAGCGCUCCUCGACAAAUCCACCCCUCCUCCACAGGCUUUCCGUAAACUUCUUCUCUUCGUCUCCGCCGUCCGCUUCUAAAGCGGCGAUCGCUGCUUCCAAUGGUUUGACAAGCUCACCCGUCAGCGCCUCUCCCCGUCAAUCUCUCUCUCGACUAAGCAUCGAGACUCCGAAACCCGAAGCUGAUGAAUCUAUGGAGGAUUACGUUGCUAGACUGACCAAGAGUGUGCCCAAGCCCGAGCUUGUGGGAGUCUUGGCCUCCAGCAAUGGGAGAUUCUACGUCGAUGCUCUUAAUCAUUACAUCGCCAGCUUCAACUUUAGGGGAGAUCCUCUGGAUAUAGCAGUUCGCCGGCUCCUUAUGCAUGUCGGACUUCCUCGGGAAACCCAGCAAAUAGAUCGAGUCAUGGAGGCAUUUGCUUCAAGCUAUCGGUCAUGCAACCCUGGCUUGUUCGCGUCCGAAGAUCAUCCGUAUAUCCUGGCAUUCAGUCUAAUCAUGCUUCAUACGGAUGCUUUCAACAAGUCAAACAAACGGAAGAUGACCAAAGCGGACUAUAUCAAGAACACAACAAUACCUGGUGUCUUAUUGGAGAUGUUAGACUAUUUCUAUGACAAUAUCGUGUUUGCGCCUUUCAUUUUCAUCGAAGACCCUCUCGACUCAGGGGCCGCGGCUGACGGAUCAAUAAGUCGUUCACAGACCCUGCUCAAUGGCCAGUCGCCAAGUCCUGUGGUUCCAAGUACCGCGACUCUGCUCAGCAAGAACAAGAUAGAUCCUUACUACCUUAUUAUAAAUCAUCUUCUUGAUCCACUGCGCGUCGACGUCCCGGCACUAAUCCCUCUCGACAAUCCUUACUCAGCCCAAGGAGCGAGAAGCAGUUUUGACGAGGGCUUCCUAUUGAACAGGUUCUCUCAUCCUCUAAUCGUCGACAUUACCUCAUCUGAAAGUCCUCGGCUCCCGUCUGCUUUCUUCGGACUGACCGUUGGGGGCAUCCCAAGCCCUUCUAUGGUGGGAGCGUUGCCCGAUUUUGCCCCUCCUUCAAAGGAGGUAUGGACCUUGAAAGUCAUUAAAGCUUCUAUACUCAACAGGAAGGACGAGAUACUAGAGGGGGGCAAAAAACCCAAUCGCAAGUGGCGAUCUUGGACUGUGAUCCUCACUGCGACCCAACUGCUUCUCUUCCGUGAUCCGUCCUGGGCAGGCAUGAUUGUCUCUCAAACAGCUGUUUCGAUAAAACCUGUCAUCCAAGCCGCAUUGUUCAAGCCAGAUGAUGUGUACUCGCUGAAGAAUAUUCUAGCUGUAUACGACAAGUCCUAUACCAAGCAUGAUCAUACCUUCCGUCUUGUCUUGCCCGAGGGCCGUCACAUCCUCUUCCAAGCAUACAAUGACAAGGAGCUGAACGAGUGGACAUCUGCUAUCAAUUAUGCUAGCGCCUUCAAAACAGGCAAUAUUCGGAUGCGAUCACUAGGCAUGUCCCUCAAAGAAGUCGAGCUGACCGGGGUGGCUGCGGCUACGUCUCAUUUGCAUGACUUGCAAAUGCUCGCAGCUCAUGUUCAACCGAAGAUGCGGUCAUGGGAUUCCAACUCGGCUUUAAACGAAGACGGACCAGACAGUGACGACGCUGUGCAACGAAGUACCAUGGUAUUGAACCAUGCUUUUACGGUUGAUUUAGAGUCGGCCGCUGCACCAGAAAUUGACGGAGCGUCACAACUCAAAGCAACCUUUGAUCAAGUCAAAGCCGAACUUGCAGCUGCGGAGCGGAAUCCCACACCACCAGAAUUAAAGCAUCAGACAUCCAGCCUUACCCAAUCAUCUGUCGACACGGAUUCUGCCCCGCCCACCCAUCUUUCCACGCGAGCUGCAUCAGUAUCAGAUUAUUUGCGAAGCUUGGAGUCACAGAUGUUAGCCACGGAAGCGAACUUAGAGGCAGAUAUGCGACUAGUCCGCAACAUUGACAGGAUGACCCCGUUCCAGAAGGCCACUCGGGAUAGACUGCAGCAGACAAUAAACACUGUCUCAAAACGAGUCAUGCAGCUGCGUCUGGAAAUGACCCGGUUGGCUUGUCACCGUGACGUACUUUCCAAGGACAUGGAUGCCGAGGCGAAAGAUUUUCAGCAAGCUACCUCUAUUGCCUUACAGGCUGCCACGCACACUUUACAGACACGUCGCAGCAAUAUCGUCAACUCGGCGUCGUCUUCUCGGGAUGUUCUCACAGAUCCACACGCUCCUCAGCAAACACCAUCUCGCUCUACUUCCCAAACUUGUCUCACAGCUUCUUCUGACUCCGGUUUGGCGUGGACAUCGCCAAUGGGAAGAACUCCUUUCACUGUCCCAGACUCCCCUGCGAUCUUGGAGAACGAUGAAAGCAACCCAGGGGCUUACCCUUUCCCUGGACCCGUAAGUCAUCCAUCAGCCCACACAUCCCUUGAUUUGCAAACUCCCGAUGGCAAUGCCCCCACCGUGGGGAACGAGGAACUUUCUGUGGAAGAGCAAGCUGAGGAAUGGGAUAAGACCCGGGCGGCCAAAAGGGUAUCUCUGGUUCGACUACCGCCAGACUUACGUCUUUCUGCUGUUUUAUCUCGACCACACUACAAAAGAGACGGUCGUGACGAUACCAUUAUAGACGAGGAUAUGCAUACGCCUGCAAGCGGGACCACACCCCUUGUACAGGAGGAGCCAGCAUCACAGUCAUCAUGAGCACGAGACUUAUCAUUAUCAUAGAGUACCAUUGAUACCAUGCUACUUACCUUAGGAGCUCAUUGAUUUAGCGUAAUGAACAGAAGCAGUCAUUUAUAGCUCUCGCGGAUGUAAUUUACUCAGUUGAUCUUCAUCUUGCAUGAGGUUUGGGUCACUAGAUAUGCU